CAUUAGCUCGUUAGCUAAACGUCAAAGGCGAAGAUGGCGGCGAAUGGCGCCGUACGAUUGCUGUUCCUCGUAGCUCUUUGUAUUUUUCUCACGGAAUUAUGCAACGGGGCGGCGACAGACAUCGAGUUGGAUGCCAAAGCGCAGCUGUUGCAUCGACUCGACAGCCUCAAUCUCCUCCUCUACACUUUCUUAUUGAUUCUAACCGUUCUGACGAUAUGGAUGUUCAAGCAUCGCCGUCUGAGGUUUCUCCAUGAAACUGGUUUAGCUGUCAUCUAUGGUUUGAUCAUAGGAGCGAUAAUACGCUAUGGUUUCACACCAAGCAGUACUAUUUUGCACAUGCCAGUGGUUCCAGACAACACAAGCAAAUACAAUCAGUCCGUACCACCAGACACGCUGUGGCUACGUUUCCCCGAAGAUAAAGGCGGCGGUAUGAUAAAAAACAAAACGUUUGCAUAUUCGUUUCGUGGCGAAAUUUAUAAAGAAGAUAGUGAAAUCGACUUGAAGGCGACUUUUGAUCCUGAAAUAUUUUUCAAUAUCAUACUGCCACCCAUCAUUUUCCAUGCAGGAUACAGUUUGAAACGAAGAUACUUCUUUAGAAAUCUGGGCGCAAUUCUUAUGUAUGCUUUGAUAGGGACUUCUAUAUCAGCUUUCGUUAUUGGAGCUCUGAUGUAUGCUUUCGUGCAACUGAUACCGCAUCUCUCGACGUCGUUUACGUUUCUCGAUACCUUAUAUUUCGGCGCUUUGAUAUCUCCCACGGAUCCCUUGACGAUAAUAUCAAUUUUCAAUGACUUACAUGUGGACGUUAAUCUAUAUGCUCUGGUCUUUGGUGAAAGUGUGCUGAACGAUGCGGUCGCUAUUGUACUUAGCGGCUCGAUACAGAACUAUGCCGAGCGAUAUCAGUCGGGAUCAGGCGGUUUUGAGACAGUGGCGUUCUUCCAAGCAUUCGGAGACUUUGUAGGAAUAUUCAGUCUGUCUCUAUUCAUCGGUGCUACUAUGGGUUGUCUCACCGCUUUAUUGACAAAGUUUACCAGAGUCCGGGAUUUCCCCCUCCUAGAAUCAGCAUUAUUCGUCUUAAUGUCCUAUAGUACGUUUUUAAUCGCCGAAGCUGCUGAUCUUACAGGCGUUGUCGCUGUUCUAUUCUGUGGAAUCUGCCAGGCUCAUUAUACGUACAACAAUCUUAGCCCAGAUUCGCGUCAACGCACGAAACAAUUGUUCGAAUUGUUGAAUUUCUUAGCUGAGAACUUCAUAUUCAGUUACAUCGGUGUUUCGAUGUUCACUUUUCCCAAGCACCAUUUCGAUCCCGGCUUUAUCUUCGCGGGAUUUUUGUGCGCGUUAUUGGGCCGUGCGGCCAAUGUGUACCCGUUAUCCUUCAUCUUGAAUUUGGCACGAAAGCCAAAAAUAUCGUUGAAUUAUCAACACAUGUUAUUCUUUGCGGGAUUACGCGGCGCCAUGAGUUUCGCCCUCGCCAUCAGGAAUACCGUGUCAGAUGCUAGACAAGCUAUGCUCACUACAACGAGUCUAAUUGUAAUAUUGACGGUUAUCCUGCAGGGUGGUGCAACGACACAAUUUUUAAGUUGGUUUAAUAUUCCAGUUGGAGUAGAUGAGGAAAUAGAAGGACUCUCUCACAAUGGAACACGUAAUUCUGGCGGUGAGGUUGACUACGAUGACCUGGACGUGCGUAGGGAAAGAAGUCUACCGUAUAAUUCUAUGCAGGAUGGAGCAUUGCCAGGAAGUAGUGCCGCUGCGAAGCCUAACGAAAAAGCAUUACUCGCCAGAAUUUGGGGUGAUUUUGAUACCAAAUACAUGAAGCCCUUGUUGACACACUCCAGGCCUACGUUGCUAGAAACGUUACCGGUCUGUUGCAGUCCAUUAGCGAGAAUCCUGACGACCACGCAACAGAUGACGCAGGAUGAUGUUGCGAGGAAAGCCGAUUCGGAUUCUGACUUUUGCCUGGAAGAUCGCGAAAUGGAGCGACGCAGAACCAGCGUUCAACCGAGAAAGAAAAACGACGACGGUGAUGACGAUGAUGAUUCCGAUUCCGAUGACGAAGACCUCAGAAUCAUCGGAAUGGAGGGAUUCAUCCCGUUACGAACGUUGUAGCGAUCGACGAAAAACGAAAAUUCUGCGGCAAAAGACAAAUUCUUCUCUUUCGGAUAAUUGUGGAUUAAUUUUUAAUUGCGAAUUAAUUUAUAAUCGCGUGGGGCGAUUUUCCCCGAGGAUAUUAUACACGAGAAGGAUGAAUUUUAUUGAAAGAAAUUGUCAUCUUUUUUUUCUCUCAAAUAUUAAUAAACAUCAAUUUAUCGAACUUUCCGCGACACUCGAUGAACGAUCGAGCAUUAAACAUAAUUUUCAAUGUUCAUUAACUCUAAUCACGCGAGAAUUGUAGCGACUGGCAAUACGGAGAGACAAGAAGGAAAAAAAGGAGCUCUGUUGCUCUGCUGUGAUCUUUAAAUCCUUUCUCUGUGCAAGGCUCACUCACGCUCUGGAUGAUGAUAUAUAACUAUUUGUAAGCCGAUACAGUGGAUAAGACAAGUGACUACACGUUUUUAUUAUUAUUAUUAUUUUUGGAGCUUGAUUAAGGCAAAAUAGGUCAUUUCUACACUGAGAGAAAAAUUUUUUUAA